AGAUCUACCAUUAGCCACGGCUUGACGUCUGCAACGAACUAAUCACGAGACGUUAGCCUGAAAUCGUGCUACCACGUAUAAAUCACCUGUCACACAAUUGCAUUUUCCUCAACUCACUUUCCUGCUCAGUCCUGUCCGUUUUCUUGUCACUAUCCUACAUAGUCUAACACUGGGGAAUUGGUACGUCUAGAUUUUUCCAUCCCCAUAUUUGGAGAGAUCAUACUGGAGGACAUUUAUUAUAUUGCUAGUUAUUAUUAGGGAUUAGCGCAGGCCAGUUGUAUUUUGGUAUACAUACUUCAUUCUCAUAUAUAUAUAUUUCACAUUUUCCAAAUAUAUAUUUCACAAAUCCUGACUGUUCUGCUCCUUCCGUUUUUUCAGCCAACCUCCGAAAAGCUUCGAUAACCGGCCCACAUUAUUGCUAUAUCCACUCGCCAGAUCCACCCCACCACACCACGAAUAUCUCAUCUCGCCGUGAUCUGACUGUCCCCACCGCUUCCAAUCCACAGCCGUUUUCCGAUUUUUCACCGCAUCAGCAGGACUUGUUAACGCAUUUUGCCAGCUCACUUGACUCCUUGUGUGCUUCACAGAGCCUACUUUAGUACACUAUCCACAUUUCAUUUUUUCAGCUUCAAUUUUAACUGCAACCACGAAAUUUUCGCUGAAGUUUCCUUACUGAUUUUUCACUCUUCCACCUAACACACCAGAGAAAUGAUGACGUUGUCGUUUGACGGAGACUCUCCUACAUUCGACCCGCAGGCUGCAAACACAGCUUCCACGCCAAUGUCGCUGGCUGCCCACCCACGCCAGCUGUCGUUCUCAGGACCUUCCUCAAACACAAAUAUCUGGGGCUCUGCGCCUGCGCCUGCUACCCCUACAGUUCCCCCACGCAGAUCCUCCAACUACGACAUCUGGCUGAAUACCUCACCGGCUUCCAGCAUCUGGGCCAACGGACCGCUCCAGCAACAGCCCUCGUCUACUCGCAGCUCGUUUGCCGCAUCGUUGUCUCCCGAGGAGCGCGAGAAUGUCUAUGAUCCCCAGGAUAUGCACCAUCUUCAACAAAAUCACCAGACAGUCCAACCCGCACCAACCCAAAACGCUCCACACAAUAUCCACACCAUAACGCAGCAGCAGCAGCAACCACAACCACAACAGCCCAACUUCCACUACGAUUUUAACUUGAGAAGACAUUCCUACUCGGACGUAUACAGCUAUGCGAAUGCUGCUUCAAACGCUAAGGCCAAUGCCAAUGCCAGCACCAACUCGUCUAAUGCGAGUGCGACUGCGCCAGCAAUGGGGGCAAGCUCGAGUUUCCGCACCCUGUUUAGCUUUGACGAUACGUCGCUCGCCAACAAGAGCACACUCCAGCUAGUGAAUGAGUACUUUGAAUGCGACCCUCACGAAAGGGUUAAGGUUACACUUAAGUUGUUGAACGAACGCUUCUUUGACGAGGAAAAGUACCUUGGUGACGCUUACCAGUUGCCCAAGUUUCCGAUAGAGAACAAUUUGCGGAACUACCAGUUGGUACUUGUGGGAUUCAAGGCUGGCAGAAUCGAUGUGUUCUACUUGCCACUGAACCCAACGCCUGAGUUGGCCAACUUGAGAGUAGGCGACCUUGUAAUCGUAGAAGCUGAUAGGGGCCGUGACUUAGGAAAGGUGUUCAAGAUGAAUAUCUCUAUCGACGAGGCUAGGUUGAUGAAGUUGUUACAGUUUCAAGAGCAGCAAUCUGCGCUCAACGAAAACGACAAUCUCGACGAAGCCCUUUCGGUCAGAAACUUGAGCGAACACACUUCCAAUAACUCCGUGAGUCCUCCUACCCUUCACUUCCCCAAGUCCAUCUUGUCUUUGGCACAGCCGAACGAGAUAAUCCAGAUCUUGAACAAAAAGCAGGAUGAAGAAAAGGCUUGUCGUUUGUGUUUGGCCAAGAUCGCCAAUGCUACUGGAGUUCUUGCCAAUUCCAGCAAUACUCAAUCUUCGUCCAACACUUCAGGAGCAUCGAGUACUUCUUCUACAGCUCAGGAUCUUCUCCAGAUGAAGUUGAUCGAUGCCGAAUACCAGUUUGACAGAAAGAAGUUGAUCUUCUAUUACUCCACCUCCAAGCGUAUCGAUUUUAGAGACCUUGUUAGAGAACUAUUUAGAAUCUACAAGACCAGAAUCUGGAUGUGUGCCGUGAUUGGCUUGCCAUACACGGUCCACAAACAGCCCAGCACAAGCCCAUUGAUGAAUAAUGGAGCUUCGAACUCUAGCUCUGGCACUAACUCUGGUUCUGGUACCAACCCUGGGUCUGCUUUUCAACAGCAGCAACAGCAACAACAGCAGCAGCAGCAGCAGCAGCAGCAACAACAGCAGCAACAACAACAGCAACAAAAACAACACCAAAUAAAGUUGAACGAUCCUUUCAACGGUGGCAAUUAUACAAAUGCCAGCGGCCCAGCAGCUGGGGGUGCUCCACCUUAUUUCGAUAUCGAAAGAAGAUUUUCGUACCAACCUCCUCCUGUUUCCACUGGCCAGUUCCCAAUGAUCUCAAACUUAGGGUCAGCCCCUCAGUCAGUUCCUAAUGGCUUUGGAUUGAACAACGACUUGGUCCAGGUCCCCAGAAGGUUCCUCUCGGACCAGAAACAGAACCAGACCCAAAAUCACCCCAUGUACCAGGGACAAUGUCUUCCGCAACAAAUGAUGCCACCUCAUCAGAUGCCACAACAGUUGCAGCCUCUUCAGAACCAGGGACCUUUCCAGUCACAGCAAAUGUUUGGAAUGUACCCUCCAUUUCAAAACCCUGGUUCGGGCCCGGGCCCUGUUGGAAGUUCUGGGUACAUGCACUUCAGACAGAAUAGCGGAGAUAUCAAGGAGGUCGAAGAAGAGGAAGACAUUGACUUUUCCGCUCGGUUGAACCGCAACGGCAGUGGCAAUGACCCAAAUGGCUCAAACUCUAAUUCUGGUGAGUCGUUUGUCUUGAAGUCUCUCGUUGAUUCGAUCAACCAUUAGAUAUCUAGAUGCGAGGUCAGCUACAUUCACGACUACUACAAUUUUUCUAGAGCUUAUGACGAUUAUAGAAAUCCACCACAAAAAAAGAUCCAUAAAAAUGUUUACAAAUUAUUACAGAACCUACCGCAGUACACUAAAACCUUGGGAUAUAUAGUUGAUAAGAUUGCUUUAUUUAUAGUUUGUUUUGAUUCGCUAGUUUCGCUGGCUCGAACUUGGGGAUAUUUAUAUAUCGGUCUAUAUACAAUUGCUUAUACAUGUUCGUUUUUUU